GGCCUUGCACUCACGCUCGCUAGUUACAUGAAGACAAGUGAAGAUGGCGGACGUGUUGAGUGUUCUUCGCCAAUACAACAUCCAGAAAAAAGAAAUCGUCGCCAAAGGAGACGAAGUUAUCUUUGGAGAGUUCUCUUGGCCCAAAAAUGUCAAGACUAACUAUGUCAUUUGGGGAACUGGAAAGGAGGGUCAGCCCAAGGAGUACUACACCCUGGACUCUAUUUUGUUCCUGCUCAACAAUGUGCAUCUCCCUCAUCCAUCCUACGUGCGAAGGGCUGCAACCGAGAACAUUCCGGUUGUCAGAAGACCUGAUAGAAAGGGCUUGCUGUCCUAUCUCAAUGGGGAAAGUUCUACUUCGACAAGUAUCGACAGAAGUGCCCCCAUAGAGAUUGGUUUGCAAAGGCCAACGCAAGUCAAACGAGCAGCAGAUGAAGUGUCAUCUGAAGCCAAGAAACCCAGGAUUGAGGAUGAGGAACGAGUGCGACUGGACAAGGAGCGUCUGGCUGCUAGACUGGAGGGCCACAAAGAGGGCAUAGUGCAAACUGACCAGAUCAGGUCACUGUCCGAGGCCAUGUCUGUGGAGAAGAUCGCCGCCAUCAAAGCCAAGAUUAUGGCCAAGAAGCGCUCCACCAUCAAGACAGACCUGGAUGAGGAUAUCACACUGAAGCAGAGGAGCUUUGUGGACGCCGAGGUGGACGUGACCAGGGACAUAGUCAGCAGGGAGCGGGUGUGGAGGACCAGGACCACCAUCCUACAGAGCACUGGAAAGAACUUCUCCAAAAACAUCUUUGCCAUCCUGCAAUCGGUGAAGGCCAGGGAGGAGGGACGCGCCCCUGAGCAGAGACCAGCACAGAACACCACUCAGGUGGACCAGUCCAUAAGGAACAAACAGCCUGUCCCAGCUGCUUAUAACCGAUACGAUCAGGAGAGAUUCAAAGGAAAAGAGGAAACGGAGGGUUUCAAGAUUGACACCAUGGGAACAUACCACGGCAUGACCCUGAAGUCUGUGACGGAGGGAGCGUCUGCCAGGAAGGCCCAGACACCAGCCCUGCAGCCCGUCCCCAGACCAGUUUCCCAAGCCAGACCCCCACCAAAUCAAAAGAAGGGCUCUAGGACUCCCAUCGUCAUAAUCCCAGCGGCCACCACGUCCCUCAUCACCAUGCUCAAUGCCAAGGACCUCCUGCAGGACCUCAAGUUUGUGACGUCAGAGGAGAAGAAGAAGCAGGGCAUCCAGCGGGACAACGAGGUGCUGCUCCAGAGACGUAAGGACCAGAUUCAGCCCGGGGGGGCAACGCUCAGCGUCACCGUGCCCUACAGGGUUAUCGACCAGCCCCUCAAACUAGCACCGCAGGACUGGGAUCGUGUGGUGGCUGUGUUCGUGCAGGGCCCUGCCUGGCAGUUCAAAGGUUGGCCUUGGCUGUUGCCUGACGGAUCUCCUGUGGACAUUUUUGCUAAAAUAAGAGCCUUUCAUCUGAAGUAUGACGAGCAGAAGAUGGAUCCCAACGUUCAGAAGUGGGAUGUCACCGUGUUGGAGCUGAGCCACCACAAACGCCAUCUCGACCGGCCCAUGUUUCUGAAGUUCUGGGAGACCCUCGACAGAUACAUGGUGAAACACAAGUCCCACCUGAGGUUCUGAGCCUGGACCGUGGCCUCCUUCCUCCACAGGUCCCGUCAAGGCAUUUAUAAACCCCCUGCCGCAAACCUAGCCCCCCCUUCCUCCUCCCUGCCAGGACUACCUCUAGAAGAGACUGGGUAUCCUACUAGCACUUUGGGCUCCAAGAAAAAGCCCCCGUGUUCAGAUAGUCCUUCAGGAAAAUACCUUCUACCUGGUCUCCAUAGUUACAAGCAGCAGAUGCAGUAUGUCCCUCUGGACAUGGGGAGGGGAAGUUGGAGUUUCCAAUGUUUUUUCAAGUUCUAAUGUAAAAAAUUAAAAACAACUAUAUCAAAACUAUUUUCUAACAUCAGAGCAUCUUACUGUGGAGACCGAGGUUGAAGAGAGAGCGAGAUGGAGAGAGAGAGAGAGUGGACGGAUAGAUGGAGGUGAGAGAAGAAACCUCUUCUCCUACUAUUUCCUUUGUGAAAUGAAUCCUGUACAUUCCAUGUGAAACAUGAGCUGGUUAAGAAGCCCUUCGGAAAAUCUGGGCGGUGCAAAUUAAAAUCAUUGCUAACCGUAAAGGAUAUGAGACCUCUGUCAGGUUAAUUUUCCUGUGUUUUUAUUUUCUAAAAAGACCCCCCCCCCUCCCAAGCUGCCUCUCAAAUGGCACCCUACUCCAUAUACAGCACACUACUUUGUCUAGCCAGUGUCUAAACACAGGGCCCCAGUCAAAGGGAGUGCACUAUGAAUGGUAUAUGGUGCCAUUUGUGACGGAAACCCAGUUUGACAAAGUGUAGGUAGGCAGCCCAUAGAGAAUUAUAGAGGGGGGCUCUCUUUGUUUCUGUUGUUAUGGUGUCAAAGUGCACAGGCAGCCCAUAGAGAAUUAUAGAGGGGGGCUCUCUUUGUUUCUGUUGUUAUGGUGUCAAAGUGCACAGGCAGCGCCAUUGAUGCCAUCUCCAUUUUUGAAGUCGUCAAUUUUCUUAAUCUACUACUUCUGAGUUGGGAAACAAAGGGUACACGGUGUCACCUGGAGUGUGGAGUUUGAACAAAAGGCGAAGGUUGAUUUACUGCCACCUGCAGUUAUGGAAUGUUUGCUCACCAGCUAAAUACAUUUGCUGAUCCCUUCUGGUGACCUGGAUGGAUUUUGCAAUCCUUAAGACAUAGGAAGUCCCACCAAGUUGACUACUUGAAAAUGGUGGAGGUCCUCAAUGGCUCUUCUUAUGGGCACUAUGAUGCAGCCCUGAAGCAUCUGAAUGAUGUCCCAUGCGAUCCAAAUGUAUAUAUGAUAUAAGAGCUAAACUUUCCCAAAAACAGACUUUAAAGAAAAUCAACAAAAAGCUAUUCUCUUAUUGAUGCAUAUCAAAGAUCUUUAUGAUUCAGUGGGAUUGAUGUGUCAAUUCCUGCCUUGGCUCAAAAGUUGUUGUUUUUGUUGUGCUGUGCAAAUGAAAGGAAUGAUGGCGAACAUUGUGUUAUGUUCACAGUGCAAAUAGAUCAUAAAGCUGGUAGAGGAACGUC